AUGGUUUCUGGCCGUGAGGACAAUGUUCCUGGCGGUGAGGACAAAGUUCCUGGCGGUGAGGACAAGGUUUCUGGCAGUGAGGACAAGGUCCCUGGCGGAGAGGACAAGGUACCUGGCGGUGAGGACAAGGUACCUGGCGAUGAGGACAAGGUUCCUGGCGCUGAGGACAUGGUUCCUGGCCGUGAGGACAAUGUUCCUGGCGGUGAGGACAAAGUUCCUGGCGGUGAGGACAAGGUUUCUGGCAGUGAGGACAAGGUCCCUGGCGGAGAGGAUAAGGUACCUGGCGGUGAGGACAAGGUACCUGCCGAUGAGGACAAGGUUCCUGGCGGUGAGGACAUGGUUCCUGGCCGUGAGGACAAUGUUCCUGGCGGUGAGGACAAAGUUCCUGGCGGUGACGACAAAGUCCUGGCGGUGAGGACAAGGUCUCUGGCAGUGAGGACAAGGUCCCUGGCGGAGAGGAUAAGGUUCCUGGCGGUGAGGACAAGGUCCCUGGCGGUGAGGGCAAGGUUCCUGGCGCUGAGGAAAAGGUUUUUCGCGUUGAGUACAAAUUUCCUGCCGGUGAGGACAAGGUUCCUGCCGGUGAGGACAAGGUUCCUGGCGGUGAGGACAAUGUUCCUGGCGGUGAGGACAAGGUUCCUGGCGUUGAGGACAAGGUUCCAAGCGGGGAGGACAAGGUUCCUGGCGCUGAGGAAAAGGUUUUUGGCGUUGAGUACAAAAUUCCUGCCGGCGAGGACAAGGUUCCUGGCCGUGAGGACAAGGUUCCUGGCGGUGAAGACAAGGUUCCUGGCGGUGGGGACUAGGUUCCAAGCGGUGAGGACAAGGUUCCUCGCGGUGAGGACAAGGUUUGUGACGCUGAGGAAAAGGUUUUUGGCCUUGAGUACAAAGUUCCUGGCGGUGACGUCAAUGUUCCUGGCAGUGAGGACACGGUUCCAAGCGGUGAGGACAGGGUUCCAGGCGCUGAAGAAAAGGUUUUUGGCGUUGAGUACAAAGUUUCUGGCGGUGAGGACAAGGUUCCUGGCGGUGAGGACAAGGUUCGCGGUAGUACGGACAAGGUUUCUGGCGGUGAGGACAAUGUUCCUGACGGUGUGGACAAGGAUCCAAGCGGUGAGGACAAAGUUCCUGGCGCUGAGGAAAAGGUUUUUGGUGUUGCGUACAAAGUUCCUGGCGGUGAGGACAAGGUUCUUGGCGGUGAGGACAAGGUUCCUGGCAGUAAGUACGAGGUUUCUGGCGGUGAAGACAAGGUUUCUGGCGGUGAGGACAAGGUUCCAAGCUGUGAGGACAAGGUUCCUGAUGCUGAGGAAAAGGUUUUUGACGUUGAGUACAAAGUUCCUGGCGGUGAGAACAAGGCUCCUGGCGGUGAGAACAAUGUUCCAAGCGGUGAGGACAAGGUUCCAGGCGCUGAGGAAAAGGUAUUUGGCGUUGAGUACAAAGUUCCUGGCGGUGAGAACAAGGUUCCUGGCAGUGACGACAAGGUUCCUGACGGUGAGGACAAGGUUCCUGGCAGUAAGGACAAGGUUCCUGGCAGUGCGGACAAGGUUACUGGCGUUGAGGACAAGGUUCCUGGCCGUGAGGACAAGGUUCCUAGCGCUGAGGAAAAGGUUUUUGGCUUUGACUACAAAGUUCCUGGCGGUGAGGACAAGGUUUCUGGCGGUGAGAACAAGGUUCCAAGCGGUGAGAACAAGGUUCCUAGCGCUGAGGAAAGGUUUUUGGCGUUGAGUACAAAGUUCCUGGCGGUGACGACAAGGUUACUGGAGGUGAAGACAAGAUUCCUGGCAGAGGGGACAAGGUUCCUGGCGGUGAGGACAAGGUUCCUGCCGAUGAGGCCAAGGUUUCUGGCGGUGAGGACAAGGUUCCUGGCGCUGAGGAAAAGGUUUUUGACGUUGACUACAAAGUUCCUAGCGGUGAGGACAAGGUUUCUGGCGGUAAGGACAAGGUUCCAAGCGAUGAGGACAAGGUUCCUAGCGCUGAGGAAAGGUUUUUGGCGUUGAGUACAAAGUUCCUGAAUGUGAGGACAAGGUUACUGGCGGUGAAGACAAGGUUCCUGGCAGUGGGGACAAGGUUCCUGGCGGUGAGGACAAGGUUCCUGGCUGUGAGGGCAAGGUUCCUGGCGGUGAGGACAAGGUUGCUGGCGGUGAGGACAAGGUUUUUGGCGUUGAGUACAAAGUUCCUGUCGGUGAGGACAAGGUUACUGGCGGUCAAGACAAGGUUCCUGGCAGUGGAGACAAUGUUCCUGGCGGUGAGGACAAGGUUCCUGGCGGUGAGGGCAAGGUUCCUGGUGGUGAGGACAAGGUUCCUCGCGCUGAGGACAAGGUUCCUGGCGGUGAGGAGAAGGUUCCUCGCGCUGAGGACAAGGUUCCAAGCGGUGAGGACAAGGUUCCUAGAGCUGAGGAAAGGUUUUUGGCGUUGAGUACAAAGUUGCUGGCGGUGAGGACAAGGUUCCUUGCGGUGAGGACCAGGUUCCUGGCGGUGAGGACAAGGUUCCUGGCGGUGAGGACAAUGUUCCAAGCGGCGAGGACAAGGUUCCUGGCGCUGAGGAAAGGUUUUUGGCGUUGAGUACAAAGUUCCUGGCGGUGAGGACAAGGUUACUGGCAGUGAAGACAAGGUUCUUGGCAUUGGGGACAAGGUUCCUGGCGGUGACGACAAGGUUGCUGGCGAUGAGGACAAGGUUCCCGGCAGUGAGGACAAGGUACCAACCGGUUAGGACAAGGUUCCUGGCGGUGAGGACAAGGUUCCUGCCGGUGAGGACAAGGUUCCAAGCGUGGAGGACAAGGUUCCUGGCGCUGAGGAAAAGGUUUUUGGCAUUGAGCACAAGGUUCCUGGCGGUGCGGACAAGGUUCCUGGCGGUGAAGACAAUGUUCCUGGCGGUGAGGACAAGGUUCCUGGCGGUGAUGACAAGAUUCCUGGGGCUAAGGAAAAGGUUUUUGGCGUUGAGUACAAAGUUCCUGGCGGUAAGGACAAGGUUCCUGGCAGUGAGGACAAGGUUCGAAGCGGUGAGGACAAGGUUCCGGGCGCUGAGGAAAAGGUUUUUGGCGUUGACUACAAAGUUCCUGGCGGUGAGGUCAAGGUUCCUGGCAGUGAGGACAAGGUUCCAAGCGGUGAGGACAGGGUUCUGCGCGCUGAAGAAAAGGUUUUUGGCGUUGAGUACAAAGUUUCCGGCGGUGAGGACAAGGUUCCUGUCGGUAAGGAAAGGGGUCCAAGCCGUUAGCACAAGGUUCCUGGCGGUGAGGACAAGGUUCCUGGCGCUGAGGAAAAGGUUUUUGGCGUUGGGUACAAAGUUCCUGGCGGUGAGAACAAGGUUCCAAGCGGCGAGGACAAAGUCCUGGCGCUGAGGAAAAAGUUUUUGGCGUUGAGUCCAAAAUUCUUGGCGGUCAGGACAAGGUUCCUGGCGGUGAGAACAAGGUUCCUGGCGGUGACGACAAGGUUUCUGGUGGUGAGGACUAGGUUCCAAGCGGUGAGGACCAGGUUCCUGGCGGUGAGGACAAGCUUCCUGGCGCGCGCUGAGGAAAAGGUUUUUGGCGUUGAGUACAAAGUUCCUGGAGGUGAGGACAAGGUUCCUGGCGGUGAGGACUAGGUUCCAACCGGUGACGACAAGGUUCCUGGCGCUAAGGAAAAGGUUUUUGGCGUUUAGUACAAAGUUCCUGGCGGUGAGCACAAGUUUCCUGGCGGUGAGGACAAGGUUCCAAGCGGUUAGCACAAGGUUCCUGGCGGUGAGGACAAGGUUCGUGGCGCUGAGGAAAAGGUUUUUUGGCGUUGGGUACAAAGUUCCUGGCGGUGAGGACAAGGUUCCUGGCGGUGAGGACAAGGUUCCAAGCGGGGAGGACAAGGUUCCUGGCGCUGAGGAAAAGGUUUUUGCCGUUGAGUACAAAGUUCCUGGCGGUUAGGACAAGGUUACUGGCGGUGAAGACAAGGUUCCUGGUAGUGGGGACAAGGUUCCUGGCGGUGAGGACAACGUUGCUGGCGGUGAGGAGAAGGUUCCUGGCGGUGAGGACAAGGUUCCUGGCGGUUAGGACAUGGCUCCGGGACGUGAGGGCUGGGUCCCUGGCGGUGAGGACAAGAUUUCCUGGCGGUGAGGACAAGUUUCCUGGCGGUGAAGACAAGGUUUCUGGCGGUGUGGGGAAGGUUGCAAACAAUGAAAACAAGGUUCCCGACCCUGAGGAAAGGUGUUUGGCGUUGAGUACAAAGUUCCUGGCGGUGAGGACAAGGUUCCUGACAGUCAGGACAAGGUUCCAAGCGGGGACGACAAGGUUCCUGGCGCUGAGGAAAAGGUUUUUAGCGUUGAGUACAAAAUUCCUCGCGGUGAGGACAAGGUUCCUGGUGGUGAGAGCAAGGUUCCUGGCGGUGAAGACAAGGUUUCAGGCGGUGAGGACUAGGUUCCAAGCGGUGAGGACAAGGUUCCUGGCGGAGAGGACAAGGUUCCUGGAGCUGAGGAAAAGGUUUUUAGCGUUGACUACAAAGCUCCUGGCGGUGAGGUCAGGGUUCCUGGCAGUGAGGACAAGGUUCCAAGCGGUGAGGACAGGGUUCCGCACGCUGAAGAAAAGGUUUUUGGCUUUGAGUACAAAGUUUCUGGCGGUGAGGACAAGGUUCCUGGCGGUGAGGACAAGGUUCCUGGCGGUAAGGACAAGGUUCCUGGCGGUGAGGACAAGGUUCCUGGCGGUGAUGACAAGGUUCCUGGGGCUGAGGAAAAAGGUUUUUGGCGUUGAGUACAAAGUUCCUGGCGGUGAGGACAAGGUUCCUGGCAAUGAGGACAAGGUUCCAAGCUGUGAGGGCAGGGUUCCUGGCGCUGAGGAAAAGGUUUUUGGCCUUGAGUACAAAGUUCUUGGCGGUGAGGACAAGGUUCCUGGCAUUGAGGACAAGGAUCGAAGCGGUGAGGACAGGGUCCUGGCGGUGAGGAAAAGGUUUUUCGCGUUGAGUACAAAGUUCCUGUCGGUGAGGACUAGGUUCCAGGCAGUGAGGUCAAGGUUCCAAGCUGUGAGGACAGGGUUCCUGGCGCUGAGGAAAAGGUUUUUGGCCUUGAGUACAAAGUUCCUGGCGGUGAGGCCAAGGUUCCUGGCGGUCAGGACAAGUGUCCUGGCGGUGAGGUCAAGGUUCCUGGCGGUGAGGACAAGGUUCCUAGCGCUGAGGCAAAGGUUUUUGACGAUGAGUACAAAGUUCCUGGCGGUGAGGACAAGUUUCUGGCGGUGAGGACAAGGUUCCUGGCGCUGAGGAAAAGUUUUUGGCGUUGAGUACAAAGUUCCUGGCGGUGAGGACAAGCUUACUGGCGGUGAAGACAAGGUUCCUGGUAGUGGGGACAAGGUUCCCGGCGGUAAGGACAAGGUUCCUGGCGGUGAGGACAAUGUUCCUGGCGGUGAGGACAAGGUUUCUGGCGGUGAGAACAAGAUUCUUGGCGGUAAGGAUAAUGUUCCUGGCGGUGAGGACAAGGUUCCUGGUGGUGAGGACAAGAUUCCUGACGGAGAGGCCAACGUUGCUGGCGGUGAGGAGAAGGCUGCUGGCGGUGAGGACAAGGUUCCUGACGGUUAGGACAAGUCUCCUGGGCGUGAGGGCUGGGUCCCUGGCGGUGAGGACAAGAUUUCCUGGCGGUGAGGACAAGUUUCCUGGCAGUGAAGACAAGGUUUCUGGCGGUGUGGGCAAGGUUACAAACGGUGAAGACAAGGUUCCUGGCCCUGAGGAAAAGGUUUUUGGCGUUGAGUACCAAAGUUCCUGGCGGUGAGGACAAGGUUCCUGGCGGUCAGGACAAGGUUCCUGGGAGUGAGGACAAGGUUACUGGCGGUGAGGACAAGGUUCCUGGUGGUGAGGGCAAAGUUCCUAGCGCUGAGGAAAGGUUUUUGGCGUUGAGUACAAAGUUCCUGGCGGUGAGGACAAGGUUACUGGCGGUGAAGGCAAGGUUCCUGGCAGUGGUAACAAAGUUCCUGGGGGUGAGGACAAGGUUCCUGGCGGUGAGAGCAAGGUUCCUGGCGGUGAGGACAAGGUUCCUAGCGCUGAGGAAAAGGUUUUUGGCGUUGACUACAAAGUUCCUGGCGGUGAGGACAAGGUUUCUGGCGGUGAGGACAAGGUUCCAAGCUGUGAGGACAAGGUUCCUAGCGCUGAGGAAAGGUUUUUGGCGUUGAGUACAAAGUUCCUGAAGGUGAGGUCAAGGUUACUGGCGGUGAAGACAAGGUUCCUGGCAGUGGGGACAAGGUUCCUGGCGGUGAGGACAAGGUUCCUGGCGGUGAGGGCGAGGUUCCUAGCGGUGAGGACAAGGUUCCUGGCGGUGAGGACAAGGUUUUUGGCGUUGAGUACAAAGUUCCUGUCGGUGAGGACAAGGUUACUGGCGGUGAAGACAAGGUUCCUGGCAGUGAGGACAAGGUUCCAGGAGGUGACGACAAGUUUCCUGGCGGUGAGAAGAAGGUUCCUGGCGGUGGGGACAAGGUUCUGGGCGGUGAGGACAAUGUUCCUAGCGCUGAGGAAAAGGUUUUUGACGUUGAGUACAAAGUUCCUGGCGGUGAGGACAAGGUUACUGGCGGUGAAGACAAGGUUCCUGGCAGUGGGGACAAGGCUCCUGGCGGUGAGGACAAGGUUCCUGGCGGUGAGGGAAAGGUUCCUGGCGGUGAGGAUAAGGUUCCUGGCGGUGAGGACAAGGUUCCUGGCGGUGGGGGCAAGGUUCCUGGCGGUGAGGACAAGCUUCCUGGCCGUGAGGACAAGGUUCCUGGCGGUGAGGAGAAGGUUCCUCGCGCUGAGGAGAAUGUUCCAAGCGGUGAGGACAAGGUUCCAAGCGUUGAGGAAAUGUUUUUGGCGUUGAGUACAAUGUUCCUGGCGGUGAGGACAAGGUUCCUGGCGGUGAUGACAAGGUUCCUGGGGCUGAGGAAAAGGUUUUUGGCGUUGAGUAGAAAGUUCCUGGCGGUGAGGACAAGGUUCCUGGCAGAGAGGACAAGGUUCCAAGCGAUGAGGACGGGGUUCCAGGGGCUGAGGAAAGGCUUUUGGCUUUGAGUACAAAGUUCCUGGCGGUGAGGUCAAGGUUCCUAGCGGUGAGGGCAAGGUUCCAAGCGGUGAGGGCAAGGUUCCUGGCGGUGAGGACAAGGUUCCUGGCGCUGAGGAAAAGGUUUUUGGCGUUGAGUACUGGCGGUGAUGACAAGGUUCCUGGGCCUGAGCAAAAGUUUUUGGCGUUGAGUACAAAGUUUCUGGCGGUGAGGACUAGGUUCCUGGCAGUGAGGACAAGGUUCCAAGCGGUUAGGCAAGGUUCCUGGCGGUGAGGACAAAGUUCCUGGCGCUGACGAAAAGGUGUUUGGCGUUGGGUACAAAGUUUCUGGCGGUGAGGACAAGGUAUCAAUCGGUUAGGACAAGGUUCCUGGCGGUCAGGACAAGGUUCCUGCCAGUGAGGACAAGUUUCCUGGCGGUGAGGUCAUGGUUCAUGGCGGUGAGGACAAGGUUCCUAGCGCUGACGAAAAGGUUUUUGGCGUUGAGCACAAAGUUCCUGGCAGUAAGGACAAGGUUCCUGGCGGUGAAGACAAGGUUCCUGGCGGUGAGGAGAAGGUUCCUGGCGGUGAGAACAAGGUUCCAAGCGGGGAGGACAAGGUCCUGGCGCUGAGGAAAAGGUUUUUGGCGUUGAGUACAAAAUUCUUGACGGUCAGGACAAGGUUCCUGGCGGUGAGAACAAGGUUCCUGGCGGUGAAGACAAGGUUUCUGGUGGUGAGGACUAGGUUCCAAGCGGUGAGGACAAGGUUCCUGGCGGUGAGGACUAGGUUCCAACCGGUGACGACAAGUUCCUGGCGCUAAGGAAAAGGUUUUUGGCGUUUAGUACAAAGUUCCUGGCGGUGAGGACAAGUUUCCUGGCGGUGAGGACAAGGUUCCUGGCGGUAAGGAAAAGGUUCCUGGCGGUGAGAACAAGGUUCCUGGCGGUGAGGACAAGGUUCCUGGCGGUGAGGACAAGGUUCCUGUCGGAGAGGACAAGGUCCCUGGCGGUGAGGAAAAGGUUUUUGGCGUUGAGUACAAAGUUCCUGGCGGUAAGGACAAGGUUCCUGGCGGUAAGGACAAGGUUGCAAGCGGUGAGGACAGGGUUUCUGGCGCUGAAGAAAAGGUUUUUGGCGUUGAGUACAAAGUUUCUGGCGGUGAGGACAAGGUUCCUGGAGUUCAGGACAAGGUUCCUGGCAGUGAGGACAAGGUUCCUGGCGGUGAGGACAAGGUUCCUGGCUGUGAAGACAAGGUUCCUGCCGGUGAGGACAAGGUUUCUGGCCGUGAGGACGACAUCCUCGGCGGUAAGGACAAGGUUUCUGGCGGUGAAGACAAGGUUCCUGGCGGUGAGGACUAGGUUCCAAGCGGUGAGGACAAGGAUACUGGCGGUGAGGAGAAGGUUCCUGGCCCUGAGGAAAAGGUGUUUGCGUUGAGUACAAAGUUCCUGGCGGCGAGGUCAAGGUUCCUGGCGUUGAGGAAAAGGUUCCAAGCGGUGAGGACAGGGUUCCAGGCGCUGAAGAAAAGGUUUUUGGCGUUGAGUACAAAGUUUCUGUCGGUGAGGACAAGGUUUCUGCCGGUGAGGACAAGGUUCCUGGCGGUAAGGGCAAGGUUGCAAGCGGUGAGGACAGGGUUUCUGGCGCUGAAGAAAAGGUUUCUGGCGGUGAGGACAAGGUUCCAAGUGGUGAGGACAAGGUUGCCGGCGCUGAGGAAAGGUUUUUGGCGUUGAGUACAAAGUUCCUGGCGGUGAGGACAAGGUUACAGGGGUGAAGACAAGGUUCCUUGCGGUGGGGACAAGGUUCUUGGCGGUGAGGACAAGGUUCAUGGCGGUGAGGACAAGGUUCCUGGCGGUGAGGACAAGUUUCCUGCCGGUGAGGACAAGAUUCUUGGUUGUAAGGACAAGGUUCCUGGGCGUGAGGGCAGGGUCGCUGGGGGUGAGGACAAGAUUCCUCACGGAAAGGCCAACGUUGCUGGCGGUGAGGAGAAGGUUCCCGGCGGUGAGGACAAGGUUGCUGGCGGUUAGGACAAGGUUCCUGGUCGUGAGGGCAGGGUCCCUGUGGGUGAGGACAAGAUUUCCGGGCGGUUAGGGCAAGGUUCCUGGCAGUGAAGACAAGGUUUCUGGCGGUAAGGACAAGGUUCCAAACGAUGAAGACAAGGUUCCUGGCGCUGAGGAAAAGGUUUUUGGCGUUGAGUACAAAGUUGCUGCCGGUUAGCACAAGGUUGCUGGCGGUGAGGGCAAGGUUCUUGGCAGCGAGGACAAGGCUCCUGGCGGUGAGGACAAUGUUCUUGGCUGUGAGGACAAGGUUCCUGCCGCUGAGGAAAAUCUUUUUGGCGUUCCGUACAAAGUUCCUGGCGAUCAGGACAAGGUUGCUGCCGGUCGGGACAAGGUUCCAAGCGGGAAGGACAAGGUUCCUGGCGCUGAGAAAAAGGUUUUUAGCGUUGAGUACAAAGUUCCUUGCGAUGAGGACAAGGUUUCCGGUGGUGAGGACAAGGUUCCUGGCGGUGAAGACAAGGUUCCUGGCGGCGAGGACAAGCUUGCUGCCGCUGAGGAAAAGGUUUUUGGCGUUGAGUACAAAGUUCCUGGCGGUGAGGACUACGUUCCUGGCAGUGAGGACAAGGUACCAAGCGGUUAGGACAAGGUUCUUGGCGGUGAGAACAAGGUUCCUGGCGGUGAAGACAAGGUUUCUGGCGGUGAGGACUAUGUUCCAAGCGGUGAGGACAAGGUUCCUGGCGGUGAGGACAAGGUUCCUGGCGCUGAGGAAAAGGUUUUUGGCGUUGACUACAAAGUUCCUGGCGGUGAGGUCAAGGUUCCUGGCAGUGAGGACAAGGUUCCAAGCGGUGAGGACAGGGUUCCGCGCGCUGAAGAAAAGGUUUUUGGCGUUGAGUACAAAGUUUCUGGCGGUGAGGACAAGGUUCCUGGCGGUAAGGACAAGGUUCCUGGCGGUGAGGACAAGGUUCCUGGCGGUUAGGACAAGGUUCCUGGCGGUGAGGACAAGGUUCCUGGCGGUGAAGACAAGGUUUCUGGCGGUGAGGACUAGGUUCCAAGAUGUGAGGACAAGGUUCCUGGCGGUGAGGACAAGGUUCCUGGCGCUGAGGAAAAGCAUUUUGGCGUUGACUACAAAGUUCCUGGCGGUGAGGUCAAGGUUCCUGGCAGUGAGGACAAGGUUCCAAGCGGUGGGGAAAAGGUUUUUGGCGUUGAGUACAAAGUUUUUGGCGGUGAGGACAAGGUUCCUCGCGGUGAGGACAAUGUUCUGGCGGUAAGGACAAGGUUCCUGGCGGUAAGGACAAGGUUCCUGGCGGUGAGGACAAGAUUCCUGGCAGAGAGGCCAACGUUGCUGGCGGUGAGGACAAGGUUCCUGGCGGUGAAGACAAGGUUCCUGGCGGCGAGGACAAGGUUGCAAGCGGUGAGGACAAGGUUCCUGGCGGUGAGGACAAGCUUCCUGCCGCUGAGGAAAAGGUUUUUGGCGUUGAGUACAAAGUUCCUGGAGGUGAGGACUACGUUCCUGGCAGUGAGGACAAGGUACCAAGCGGUUAGGACAAGGUUCUUGGGGGUGAGGACAAGGUUCCUGGCGGUGAAGACAAGGUUCCUGGCGGUGAUGACAAGAUUCCUGGGGCUGAGGAAAAGGUUUUUGGCGUUGAGUAGAAAGUUCCUGGCGGUGACGACAAUGUUCGUGGCAGUGAGGACAAGCUUCCAAGCGGUGAGGACAGGGUUCCUGGCGGUGAGGACAAGGCUCCUGGCGAUGAGGAAAAGGUUUUUAGCGUUGAGUACAAAGUUCCUGGCGGUGAGGACUACGUUCCUGGCAGUAAGGACAAGGUUCCAAGCGAUUAGGACAAGGUUCCUGGCGGUAAGGACAAAGUUCCUGGCGCUGACGAAAAGGUGUUUGGCGUUGGGUCCAAAGUUCCUGGCGGUGAGGACAAGGUACCAAGCGGUUAUGACAAAGUUCCUGGCGGUGAGGACAAGGUUCCAAGCGGGGAGGACAAGGUUCCUGGCGCAGAGGAAAAGGUUUUUGGCGUUGAGUACAAAGUUCCUGGCGGUGUGGACAAGGUUCCUGGCGGUGAGGACAAGGUUCCUGGCGGUGAAGACAAGGUUCCUGCCGGUGAGGACAAGGUUCCAAGCGGUGAGGACAUGGUUCCUGGCGGUGAUGACAAGGUUCCUGGGGCUGAGGAAAAGGUUUUUGGCGUUGAGUAGAAAGUUCCUGGCGGUGAGGACAAGGUUGCUGGCAGUGAGGACAAGUUUCCAAGAGGUGUGGACAGGGUUCCUGGAGCUGAGGAAAAAGUUUUUGGCUUUGAGUACAAAGUUCCUGGCUGUGAGGACAAGGUUCCUGGCGGUGAGGACAAGGUUCCAAGCGGUGAGGGCAAGGUUCCUGGCGGUGAGGACAAGGUUCCUGGCGCUGAGGAAAAGGUUUUUGGCGUUGAGUACAAAGUUCGUGUCGGUGAGGAGUAGGUUGCUGGCAGAGAGGACAAGGUUCCAAGCGGUUAGGACAAGGUUCCUGGCGGUGAGGACAAAGUUCCUGGCGCUGACGAAAAGGUGUUUGGCGUUGUGUACAAAGCUCCUGUAGGUGAGGACAAGGUACCAAACGGUUAGGACAAGGUGCCUGGCGGUCAGGACAAGGUUCCUGCCAGUAAGGACAAGGUUCCUGUCGGUGAGGUCAAGGUUCCUGGCGGUGAGGACAAGGUUCCUAGCGCUGACGAAAAGGUUUUUGGCGUUGAGCACAAAGUUCCUGGCGGUGAGGACAAGGUUUCUGGCGGUGAGGACAAAAUUCCAAGCGGUGCGGACAAGGUUCCUGGCGCUGAGGAAAGAUUUUUGGCGUUGAGUACAAAGUUCCUGGCGGUGAGGACAAGGUUCCUGGCGGUGAGGACAAGGUUCCUGGAGCUGAGGACAAGGUUCCAAGCGGUGAGGACAAGGUUCCUGGCGGUGAGGACAAGAUUUCUGCCGGUGAGGCCAACGUUCCUUGCGGUGAGGACAAGGUUCCUGGCGGUGAGGACAAGGUUCCAUGCGGUGAAGACAAGGUUCCUGGCGGUGAGGACAAGGUUCCAUGCGGUGAAGACAAGGUUCCUGAAGCUCAAGAAAAGGUUUUUGCGUUGAGUACAAAGUUCCUGGGGGUGAGGACAAGCAUCCUGGCGCAGAGGAAAAGGUUUUUGGCGUUGAGUACAAAGUUCCUGGCGGUGAGAACAAGGUUCGUGGCGGUGAGGACAAGGUUCCAAGCGCUGACGACAAGGUUCCUGGCGCUGAAGAAAAGGUUUUUGGCGUUGAGUACAAAGUUUCUGCCGGUGAGGACUAGGUUCCUGGCAGUGACGACAAGGUUCCAAGCGGUGAGGACAAGGUUCCUGGCAGUGAGGUCAAGUUCCUGGCGGUGAGGACAAGGUUCCUGGUGCUGAGGAAAAGGUUUUUGGCGUUGAGUACAGAGUUCCUGGCGGUGAGGACUAGGUUCCUGGCAGUGAGGACAAGGUACCAAGCGGUGAGGACAAGGUUCCUGGCGCUGAGGAAAAGGUUUUUGGCGUUGGGUACAAAGUUGCUGGCGGUGAGGAGAAGGUUCCUGGCAGUGAGGACAAGGUUCUAAGCGGGGAGGACAAGGUUCCUGGCGCUGAGGAAAAGGUUUUUGGCGUUGUGUACAAUUUUCUUGGCAGUGACGACAAGGUUCCUGGCGGUGAGAACAAGGUUCCUGGCGGUGAAGACAAGGUUCCGCGCGCUGAAGAAAAGGUUUUUGGCGUUGAGUACAAAGUUUCUGGCGAUGAGAACAAGGUUGCUGGCGGUGAGGACAAUGUUCCUGGCGUUGAGCACAAGGUUCCUGGCGGUGAGGACAAGGUUCUUGGCAGCAAGCACAAAGUUCCCGGCGGUGAGAACAAGGUCCCUGGCGGUGAGGACAAGGUUCCUGGCGGUGAAGACAAGGUUCCUGGGGAGAGGAAAAGGUUCCAAGCGGUGAGGACAAGGUUCCUGGCGGUGAGGACAAGGUUUUUGGCGUUGAGUAGAAAGUUCCUGGUGGUGAGGACUAGGUUCCUGGCAGUGAGGACAAGGUACGAAGCGGUUAGGACAAGGUUCCUGCCGGUGAGGACAAGGUUUCUGGCGCUGAGGAAAAAGUUUUUGGCGUUGGGUUCAAAGUUCCUGGUGCUGAGGACUAGGUUCCUGGCAGGGAGGACAAGGUACCAAGCGGGGAGGACAAGGUUGCUGGCGCUGAAGAAAAGGUUUUUGGCGUUGAGUACAAAGUUCCUGGCGAAGAGGACAAGGUUCCUGGCUGUGAGGACAAGGUUCCUGGCGGCGAAGACGAGGUUCCUGGCGGUGAGGACAAUGUUCCAAGAGGUGAGGACAAGGUUCCUGACGGUGAUGAAAAGGUUCCUGGGGGAGAGGAAAAAGGUUUUUGGCGUUGAGUACAAAGUUCCUGGCGGUGAGGACAAGGUUCGUGGCAGUGAGGACAAGGUUCCAAACUGAGAGGACAGGGUUCCUGGCGCUGAGGAAAAGGUUUUUGGCCUUGAGUACAAAGUUCCUGGCUGUGAGGACAAGGGUCCUGGCGGUGAGGACAAGGUUCCUGGCGGUGAGGACAAGGUUCCUGGCGCUGAGGAAAAGGUUUUGGGCGUUGAGUACAAAGUUGCUGGCAGUGAGGACAAGGUUCCAAGCGGUAAGGACAAGGUUCCUGGCGGUGAGGACAAGGUUCCUGGCGGUGAGGACAACAUUCCUGGGGGUGAGGUCAACGUUCUUGGCGGUGAGGACAAGGUUCCUGGCGGAGAGGCCAAGGUUCCCGGCGGUGAAGACAAGGUCCCUGGCGGUGAGGACAAGGUUCCUGGCGGUGAGGACAAGGUUGCUAGCGCUGAGGAAAAGGUUUUUGGCGUUGAGUACAAAGUUCCUGGCGGUCAGACAAGGUUCCAAACGGUGAGGACAAGGUUCGUGGCGGUGAGGACAACAUUCCUGGGGGUGAGGUCAACGUUCUUGGCGGUGAGGACAAGGUUCCUGGCGGUGAGGACAAGGUUCCAAGCGGUGAAGACAAGUUUCCUGCCGGUGAGGAAAAGGUUCCAAGCGGUGAGGACAAGGUUCGUGGCGCUGAGGAAAAGGUUUUUUGUGGUGAGGAAAAGGUUUUUGGCGUUGAAUACAAAGUUCCCGGCGGUGAGGACAAGGUUCCUGGCGGUGAGGACAAGGUUCCAAGCGGUGAAGACAAGGUUCCUGGCGGUGAGGAAAAGGUUCCAAGCGCUGAGGAAAAGGUUUUUGGUGCUGAGGAAAAGGUUUUUGGCUUUGAGUACAAAGUUCCCGGCGGUGAGGACAAGGUUCCUGGCGGUGAGGACAAGGUUCCUGGCGCUCAGGAAAAGGUGUUUGUCGUUGAGUACAAAGUUGCUGGCAGUGAGGACAAGGUUCCAAGCUGUAAGGACAAGGUUCCUGGCGGUGAGGAGAAGGUUCCUGGCGGUGAGGACAAGGUUCCAAGCGGUGAAGACAAGGUUCCUGGCGGUGAGGAAAAGGUUCCAAGCGCUGAGGACAAG